AAUGGAUACUCUUAAAAGUACAAGCCAAUGAUGAUGCUCGAUUUUUGUCUCAUGCAUGUAUCCGUAAAAAAAUGAGUCACUGAAUCCGCUUGCACAGCCUGGCAAGUAUUCAUUACUAUUUACCCCGUACAAGCUGUAGAGUUACGAAGGUUUCCACAUUGCAUCGGCCUACUAUUAACCCCCCAAAUUCUCAAGACCUACCACAGUACAAACACAAUAUGUCCGAACCCUCAGAGCUAACCCCAGUUCAAGCCUGGGACAACAUUGCAUCUUUUUGGGAUGAAGCCAUCACCCCUGGAGGCAACAAAUACUUCCACCGUCUCCAGGCUCCCUGCCUCCACCGCUUUCUCGCUAAGCAUCUUCACCGUGAUGCGAGAUGCUUAGACUUAGCGACUGGCAAUGGAGUGGUUGCCCGCUGGAUGCUUGAUCGAGGAGCGGGCUGGGUCCUGGCGACAGAUGCCAGCGGCGAAAUGCUCGAAAUCGCUAAGCGCAACUUUGCCUCCGGAGGGUGUGAUCCCAAGAGGUUUACAUGCCACAGAACCGACGUUACUUCAGAGCAGGAUAUGAGAGCCCUCGAAGAAUUUCAUUGGCACGGAAGACUCUUUGAUGUCAUUGUCAUAAACAUGGCUCUUAUGGAUAUCGAAAGACUGGAUGUUCUCGCAGCUGCCCUGGCCCGACUUCUUAAUCCUGGUGGAGUAUUCGUCGCCACUGUUCUUCAUCCCGUCUUUUUCACCUCCAACGCAGCCAAGUCGAUCUCCAUCUCAUUCGACCCCGCCACCGGUGAGCAAGUGACGGCGCGGUCAAAAGUUAUCACAGAGUAUCUCGAUGUUUCACCGGCAAAAGGAAUUGCUUGCCCGAGUCAGCCAGUCAAACAGAUGUACUACCAUCGCCCCAUUCAUGAGCUUCUGUCUAUCUUUCUCAAGGAUGGGAAGCUUGUCAUGGAUGCAAUCGAAGAGCCAGCUUUUACCGAAGAUGAUUUUGAUGAGAGGAGAGUAGAGUCGAGCACAAACUUUACGCAGCUUCCAGCUCUACUGGCUUUUAGACUGAAGCAUCGAGUUGACAAGGUUGAGUAGGGGGACUGAUCUAGGGGUGACUAGCCGGACGCAAAGCAAAAUACACGGGGGCGAUGACACAUUGUUGGAGGGUCAUUAGUGAAAAUCGUUGUUUCAAGUGACCCUCAAAAUACAAUGUCAUACACUCUCUGGGCUUUCAGGGUUGCAGAACCAUUAACCUGGGAUGUAAUGGAAGUUGGAUGUCUCGUAGACGAACUUACACUGAUAUAACCCUAACCCGGUGGAUAGCCCUCAUACCCUGAGACGACUGACCCAACAAGAAUUUUCGGCAGACCAAACGACACACGCAUUUUGGACAGGUAAUAUGUCUUUGUGGAGGAAACAAUUCAUAGCAGAUUGGUUUUGACCUGACCCAAACACUUCAAGUUCCCUUCCCACCAGAAACCGCAUCUCAAGAGUCUGCAAAAGCUUUUGUGGCUCUCCCAAGUUCACAUGCCAAGCCACCCACCCACAGACUUUUGUCCUUGCAGCCAAGCCCCACUUUGACUCGUCACUGGUGAUCCUCUUCUGGAUGGUGUUGAAGCCUGACUCGCGCCAGCCCAACCAACGCUCAACGUCCCCACAAAGCUGCGCCUCUUUGACACAUGAAGGCAAAUCCCUCACCCAGUCUCCAUCAAAGCAGUCCGGUAUAGUGUAACGGUUAACAUAUCGCGUUUUCACCGCGAAGCUCGGGGUUCGAUUCCCCGUACCGGAGUCGAUUACGUUCCAACCAUCUGAUGAUGGUGGCAACAUUUUUGCUCGAUCCAGGGUGUUGCUCCGAGUCUGGAGAGGUGUUUUGUUGGCUGUCAGGGCAACGGGCUG